ACGCAGGUGUUUACGUUUUCCUACUUCCGUAGCUGCCUAAAAGCGAAAUAACGUUUAUAAUCUAACGUUAAAUCCAACAAAUUGAGUGGAAACCCUCGGUCAUGUUUCUCCUUUUUAACUAAUCGUUAAGUUUCAGAUAUGCCUGACAGAUAAAUAUUACUGAGGUCGUUUGCUGCCCACUAUUGGCGCUGUAUCGCGAGUUUUCCUCAUCUUCCAUCGCAGCAAAGCUAAAGCUAAAGCUAGCGCUGUGUUAGCUGCAGGUCAGCGGCAGUGGAUAUAAUUUGAAUAAUCAUCGCCUGAUCCGCAUUUUAUUCAGUGUAAAUUUAGAUAUCACAUAAGGCAGUCAUGGCCACUAGGCGUCUGACCGAUGCCUUCUUGUUAAUGCGGAACAAUGCGAUCCAAAACCGGCAGAUAUUGGCUGAGCAAGUGAGUACAUACGACCCCCGUCUGAGUACACGUAGCAAUGCUGCGGAGCUUGAUGAGUUGGCUGACGACCGAAUGGCCCUGGUGUCAGGGAUUAGUCUGGAUCCUGAAGCAGCCAUCGGCGUCACAAAGAGGCUGCCUCCCAAAUGGACAGAGGGGAUUGAUGAGAUCCAGUAUGAAAUCACUCGGGUUCGGCAGAAGAUGAAGGAUCUGGCUUUACUUCAUGACAAGCAUAUGAAUCGACCUACACUUGAUGACAGUAGUGAGGAAGAGCAUGCCAUAGAAAUCACUACUCAGGAGAUAACACAGAUGUUUCACCGGUGCCAGCGAGCUGUGACGGGGCUGCAGACUCGCUGUGGCCACUGUACCGAGCAGGAGGAGAGGCUGCUGAGAAACGUGGUGUCGUCGCUGGCUCAGAGCCUGCAGGAGCUCUCCACCAACUUCAGGCACACGCAGUCCGGCUACUUAAAACGUAUGAAGAAUCGUGAGGAGAGAUCAAAGCACUUUUUUGACUCUGGACCCCUAAUGGAAGAGGAUGAAGAUUUAGCUGUAUAUGACAAGGGGUUCACAGACGACCAGCUGAUGCUGGUGGAGCAGAACACAGUUAUGGUGGAGGAACGAGAGAGGGAGAUCCGACAGAUAGUGCAGUCCAUCUCAGAUCUGAAUGAGAUAUUCCGGGACUUGGCUGGAAUGGUGGUGGAACAGGGCACCGUUCUCGACAGAAUUGACUUCAAUGUGGAGCAGGCUUGUGUGAAAACAGAAGAGGGAGUGAAACAGUUACAAAAGGCGGAACAGUAUCAGAAGAAAAACCGAAAGAUGCUGGUCAUUUUGAUCCUCUUCGUCAUAGUCAUGGUUCUAAUUGUUAUACUUUUUGGAACAAAGUUUUAAUUAUCCAUUCCUCUGGCUUUUGUUUUCUGUGUGGGUGUUUGUUGUGCAUCUGUGUGGACUUGGACUUGCUCUCAGUUCUGCUCAAAACAAAGCUGACUGCCUUUCAUACCCAGCAGGAAACGUCAAGAAGAUUUCCUCGUCCCCUUAACAGGUGCACUUUGGGCUGUGUGGAGAUAAUAGGUUGAUUUUUAAUGAAAGACAAAAUCAAUCUGUCUGAGCCCUGGCUAUUUUAUCAAGUGUCUCGCACCCAAAUCACCAAGACUCUGUGACAGAAGUUUGUUGAGCCUGACUAUGUUGACAAUGUGUCUUAACAAAUCAAAAAGAACGUUGGUGUUUUAAGACCAAUGUUUAAAUCCUAAAGCAGAGUGUUAUAAUUUCUGUCCAGUUUAAUCUAAAGUCAUUUUGUUUCUGUGAGGAACGUUUGACAAGUAAGAAUGUUUGUGAAACAGAAAUAUGCAGUUAGCUUCAUUUCACUGCAAAUCCAUGUUCAUUCCGAUAGUACAUUUAUGUCCUGGCUCAGUAUUGUUCCUUGAAAGAGUAUUUAGUAUUUGGACGAUAGCAGAUUUAAUUAGAAUAGUCUUCUUCUUUUUUUGGUUUAAGGACCAUCUAUUUUUGUAUCCCUUUACUCCACAAUUUAAAAAUAAUACUAAGAUUAUUGUACUUUUGAAAUCCUUACAUAUGCUGCACUUUUGAAUGAGUGAAGGAGGUUAUGCUUGCAGUUUGUUUGUUUGUUUGAUAGUAAGCAGGAUAACGAAAAGACUACUGGCCCGAAUUUCAUGAAACUUGGUGGAAAGGUGUAGCAUGGGCUAAAGAACAUUACAUUUUGGAUCAUAUCCAAAUCACAAAGCGGAUACAUUAUUUGUCCUUUCAUUACCGUUGCGAUAUUUGGCCUGUGCCCUCCCAGUAGUUUAUGUUUUAAAGGUCCUUGCUUAAAGUGCUACCUUUUUAAAACCCUUGCAGUUUGCACAUAUUGAGGCCUGAGGGGAGAAGGGUGGUUUUGUCAUGGAUGUAAUACUACUGACGUCAGUAUGAUGAACAUAAUAAUUUAUUUUUUAAUAACUUCAA